AACAGUGGCGCUGACGGUGGUAGCUGCGGUGCAGCCGAUAACGACGGUGCUGACGGCCGAGGAACAGGAACAGGCUCGCGCUCCAACGCCAGGGCGCUUGCGACAGCGAAACAUGUCGAUUACGGAGUUUUUGAAAGAUCUACCAUGCCACAACGAGGAAAACUUUUCACUCUUUAACACGGAAAAUGGGGUAAAAACAUCCUCGAAAAGGCCUUCCGUCUACAUCCCUACGGUGGAUAUUCCUUCCGAGCAGGUCAUAGUCACGGACAAGAAGAACAUUCUGCUCCGCUAUCUACAUCAGCAAUGGGACAAGAAGAAUCCUCCCAAAAAGCGUGAGCUAGAAAAUGCGUCGAACGAUCUGCUGCGCAAAAGACCCCGCCUCGAAACACGCGACAAUAACAACACGUAGACACGAUGGAUGGGUGAAAUGG